CACAAAGACCAAAUUUCAUGCUAACAGAAAUCGAUUAUACCAACAUACAAAUACGCUUUAAAAAACUUUCACAUAGUCUCGAAAUCUGUUUUUUCCAAGAGCAGACACAUACUGGGGGAAAAUUUUACAAUUUCAAUGCAAAUGAGAUUAUUUAGGCUAUUCUACUUGAUCAGUGAUCGCUGCAUAGCCUACGUGACCAUGUCUGUUUGUUCUGUCGCUCAUCGUUACGAUGGCAACUACAGUAAGACUUCUCUGGGCUGUUCGAAGAGUAGGUACGUGUUAUCAGUCAGCCUCGCCCGCUGCAACUAGAGCAAUCAUCACUAAUCGCUAUUAUAAUCUAUAUCAUCUGAGAGAAUUGAAUACAACUACAAUAAUGGCCUCCGGAUUUGUCGGGUCGAACUCUGGUCUUCUGUUUCGUCAGCUUUUUGACCGGGAUAGCUGCACCUACACUUACCUGCUGGCAGACACUGCUACCAAAGAAGCCCUCUUGAUUGACCCUGUGAUUGAAUUGGCUCAGAGAGAUGCUACUCUCAUCAAGCAGCUGAAAUUGAAUCUCAAAUAUGUGGUCAACACUCACGUGCAUGCAGACCACAUUACCGGCUCUGGGAUGCUGAAGAAGCUUGUGCCAGGCUGUGUGUCUGUUCUAUCUGAGGCUUCUGGCGGAGAUGCUGAUCUUAAAGUCAAUCCUGGUGAUGUCAUCAAAGUGGGAGCUGUGGAGCUGGAAGUGCGUGCCACUCCUGGUCACACUGCAGGCUGUGUGACGUUUGUGGACCACGCCCACGGCAUGGCGUUCACAGGUGAUGCACUGCUUAUUGGUGGCUGUGGCAGGACCGACUUCCAGGAGGGCAACCCCGAGACCCUCUACAAGGCUGUACACUCUCAGAUCCUGACCCUGCCUGACCAAUAUCUCCUCUACCCUGCCCACGACUACCAAGGGCUCACCGUUACUUCUGUCAAGGAGGAGAAGGAAAACAACCCCCGGCUCACCAAAAGUCUCACUGAAUUCGUGGAGAUAAUGAACAACUUGGGGCUGCCUUACCCGCGCAAAAUAGAUGUCUCCCUGCCUGCAAACAAAGUGUGUGGUCUCUACAGUCUGCCUGAUGAUCUUGCAGCUGAGCUUCAAAAGGCAUCAUAGACUUCCCGCCAUGGCAUCUAAGCCAGGCAGAUUUUCUUCUAUCGGUUCUUUGAUUUCGGUUCUCUGACUUUCUUGUGUAUUGAUUUUUUUGUUGGGAAACAGGGUGAACGUGCGUGGUUUCAAUGUAAUUAUAUAUGUACUUGUUCUAUGCCAUUAAUAUGUUAGCUCAAGUUACCCUCAAUAUCUUUAUUACUUAAGAAAAAUAUAUCACACUGCACGAAUUAGGCGAUCAAGUCACGCAAGCUUUAAUGUUUCGCACAUGAUUCACCUCAGCUGAUGUGUUAACAAUAUGCCCGGAACAAGUGUGAUAUGUAAUCUAAGCUUACUUUAAUUAACUUUCAACAUUUAUUCAACGUGAUACAUUACAUGAACCGGUCUGUUACCAUUUAAAGAGUUCAGCACGCAUGGCCUAUUUAGUGCCUUACUGUCCAGCAAUACAUGGAAAUUUUCUAGGUGGUCUUCAUCGAAUUUUAUUACGAAAAUUUUUCCGUAGUAGUACUAGGAUUUGUUCACAUGGUGAUAGAAGCUGUGCUGUCGUGCACAAUACAAUAGAAUGCUCACAAAUGUUUAUUAGCUAUACAAAGUUGUUAUGGAACCGGUACCGUGAAAUAUGAAAACAUAGUUCAAAGUUAAUAUUAUUGUUACAGUUUAUGAAUAUUUUAAGUUUUUUAACGUCGAUUGUGAUUUUUAACGUUGCAUUCGUGUUAUUGCAAGAGCAUUUAUUUUGUACUAGAACAAAAAAUUACCCCCUGCAGUUUUUACAAAGAAAAACAAAGGUAUCGUGUUCGUCAUUGGUUACGUUGCAACAUGAUGGUGAUUAGGUCGUGCUAACGCGAGACGUCAGUAAUUCCUUGCUGUUGUGAGCGCUUAUGUCACAAUGGAAGCCUCGAACUUGAGGUCGCGUCUACGUCCGUCAUAACAUACCGUACUCGCUUUCUUAAUAUUUUCAUGUAUGUAAACGUGCUUUGUUUCAUAUUAUGAUUUGAGACAAAUUUCAUAUAAUUAGCAUUCCUGUGAAUUUGAUAUAAUUUAAUAUAGCAGUAUUUAAUACCAAGCUGCUUAUACACCUAAAAUAGCGAGCUGUGAUUAAAUUGGAUUAAGAUUAGAGGGAUGCAAGCUUAUACACAUUUCGUGUAAUUUUAAAUGCCUUCCCAAACGAUUUUACUUACAAUAAAAAUAAAUACUUUAUUCGAUGUGAAGAUUCUACUGAUUCUUUUGGUGAAGAAUAAAGUGUAAAUUGAU